CAGAAGCCCAUUACCCUGUUUUACCAUAUUGCCAUCCUAAUUCUCAAAUUUGACAUUUUCCUUGGUUGAAUGCACACAAACAAAAUCUGGAGUAAGUGACCCCCACUUGUUUAGGCAAUGAUCCGUUGUAAAAUGAGGCAGAAAGUGUUCAGUUUCAACUCUCUAUUUAAUUCUAUCCACUGCUCGCAUCCUCCCUUAAGUGUUGAGGAAUGUUGCUCUAUGAGUUGAUUUUUCUUUUUUUCUCACACUCCAAUGUAAAUUGUUAUCUUCUUUUUGUCUCUCAUCUUUCUAAUAUCUGGAAAGCACAAUUUUCAGGUUCGAGAUGUACGCCUUAUAAUGGACCGCAAUUCAAGACGAUCCAAGGGAGUUGGGUUUUUGAAGCAUUUGGUCAAGUAGAGCUGGUGCAGUUGCCUGUUGAUGAAACUAGACAUUGCAAAGGAUAUGGCUUUGUCCAGUUUGCGCGUCUUGAAGACGCUAGAAAUGCAUUGAGUCUGAAUCAACAGUUGGAGAUUGCGGGUCGGCUUAUCAAGUUUUUGCCAUUCAAUCUUUCAAUGCACUGAGUCUGAAACAACAGUGUACAAAUCUCAUUGUUUUAUUACCAGCUUCUUGUCAUUUCAUAUAUUUUACGCUGUUACUUUCUGUAGCAGCGUAUUAGUUAAUACAACAGUUUCAAAGAGUUUUACU